CCUCCUCCGCUGCAGCCUGACUCUGACACAGCCAGCAUGACUGCAAACUGAGAGCUGCUCACACAAAGAGGGGCACGUUGCUUCAUUUUAGACGCAUAAAUUGUGUGUUUUAUUUCUUCCCAGCGAGGGGAGGAAGGAAGACGGCUGAUUAAGAGUGCAAAGGAGGAGCAUCAAAAGCAGGUCGGUCCCUGAUAACGUCGCUGGCUGAGGGAGGAGAACACAGAACUGCUUCAUCAUGAAUUUUGUAAUGAAAGCUGCGCUAGGAGGAGGCCCCCCUGAUGUUGGCAAGAUGCUGGGUGGCGAGGAGAAGGAGGAGGACCCCGAUGCAGCAAAGAAAGAGGAGGAGAGACAGGAGGCGCUGAAGCAGCAGGAGGAUGAGAGGAAGGCCAAAUAUGCCAAGAUGGAGGCUGAGAGGGAACAGAUGAGGCAAGGCAUCAGAGAUAAGUAUGGAUUAAAGAAAAAAGAGGAGGUCGAGGCUGAAGCAGCAGCUGCUGCCGAGGAGCCUGCAGCCGGCAGCUUGACUCGACCCAAGAAGGCCGUGCCGUCCGGCUGUGGAGAUGAAGAGGAAGAGGAAAGCAUCAUGGACACAGUGAUGAAAUACCUGCCAGGCCCUCUGCAAGAUAUGCUAAAGAAGUAGCUUAGCCUGCUAACUAAAGCUAACAUUAUCUGGCUGAAUUUGCUACAUUCACAGGGUUGGCUUGAAUCAGGUUUUUAUUGUCAACGUAGAUUCAACAUAGAAUUUAGAGGAGUUUUUUGGUGUCAAAUCAGUUUUGUAGUAGGGUAACUUCUCAAAUGUGAACUAAGUUAGACUAAACUGACUCAACAACCAGGUGAAUGUUAGCUAGAUUGAUGUUAGCAUCAGCCAUGUUAGAUUUUGAAGCUAACAACAAGUGGAGGGCUAAAGUCACAUUUGAGAUGGUUUAUACUCCUAGUCUGAGAGGUUUUGAACUUUAUUUUCUCCUCUGCGUUAGCUGCAGCUCGGAAAAGUAACUGUCCACCACCUUCACUCAGUUUGUACAUAACAAAAUCCCAAUGCACACCCACAAGGUGGGCAAACAAUCAUAGAUAUCACGUAUAAAAGAAUAUGUCAGUGGCUACUUAAAAAGAAAACUUGAUAAGCCAUAUUUUACGAACAAUAUAAAGACUAAUGUUGUGUGUUCCUAAAAUUUCUGUAUGUGUGUUCUGUCUGAUAUUUAUGUAAAACGUUUUGCACACAGUGUUCCACAUAAUAUGUAACCUUUUGUCUGUCUUUCAGGCGCACUCCCUCAAAGUUCAACAUGUUUACACGUUCAUGUCGUGCAGUGUUCAGAAAUGUUUCCACUUCCUUGCCCAGUAUUAUGUCUUGCAUGCCAUUUGUCUGUACAGUUUGUUGUGUGAAUAUGUAGUCAAAUCCUCCUUAUUCCCAUCUGUCUCAUUACUUAUCAUGCAAAAAAUAUCAAGGCAAUAACUUAAGUUUGACUCUGUUUCCGUCCACGUUGAUAUAACCGUUAAUAAUAAUAGUAUCAAUGCUUUAAAAAAAACUUGAUAUGUAUGUAUUCAGGAAACUAAUUUUGAUUUGCUGGGUGUCUAUUUUUGUGUGUCUUUUGUCAUUUUGAGGAAGAAUGACUGCUGUAGCUGUUUUACACAACAGCUAAAACCUUAAGCUUUCAGCCAUAAAUCCAGAACUUACAGUAUCUAUACUACUACAAUCAGGAUCUAUGGGAAGGACUAUAUGAUAUUUGAGAUAGUUUUUUUGAGCGUAUCGAAGAGAACCUAACCUGUUGGAGAGAAGCCACUUUCCUUCAAUACACAAUCCCUCCUUACUGAUUUUGCUUUACAGAAAAUAACACACAUGUGAUUUACAAAGGUUCAGAAUUUCUGUUUUGGAUGGAGGUUAUGCAGAAUGACAAGAGCAAUAAAGGAUUAAAUGUAUGUUUCUGCCUGAGAUUCAAUAAAGACUUAAAAUCCUGCUCACAGA